AUGCACUGGACCAAGUGCUACGACGACGAGUGCCUUAUCCACUAUGAGGCCAAGCUGGGCAGGUACAUGCCUAGCCGCCCACGGCAUGAGAAGGCGCCAAACUGGAAAACCGUCACCCUUGCGGCCACGCGACAAGGCAGACACCUCAAACUCAUGGCAAGGGCCCAAGGAAAGCCAGUAUUCGUUAUGAUUGACUCGGGCGCGACAGGCAAUUUCAUCAGUCCAAGGUGCAUGGACCGACUAAGACUGCGAGGAGUUCAGAAGGAAGAACCGAAACCGAUCAGCGGGCUGAGCGGAGAGGAGUUGGGACCUCAAAUGCUCACGGUUGAAUCGGGAGUCAUAACCCUAGUGGUAAAAGGGCGACAGAUCGAGCUAAGUCUCGACGUCUUCCCUUUGGGGCAAUAUGACAUCGUGUUGGGGAUCCCGUGGCUCGAGGAUCACAACCCGGACAUCGAUUGGUCAACCAAGACAAUCCGAUGGAGAACUAGCCCACAACAACAGGCACCAGUAGGGGCUGGAGCCUUACGGCCUGCCAGUCAGAGGCAGAACGCCAAGCAACCUGCGGGGAGGUUGAUUCCCAAGGGCAAUCACGCCGCCUUGGAGGAAAGUCCAGUUUUACAAGUACUAGCAGCAACUUCACGACCAUCUGAACGAGUAUGGCUGAAAGAAAUACCCGGGUGGGGCACCGGCAUGCCAAUAAGAUACAGCGAAACGAUCCAGAUCGACGAAACGGACGAUUCGGACGGAGAAAACGGGGAGAACGCUCAGGCGCUUGCAGCGACCAAUACGGAAGCCAAGCCGGAACCAACGAUCCCGGAAGAGUAUAGUCGAUUCCAGGACCUAUUCCAGAAACCUGAGAGGCCGGAGCUACCACCUCGCGGACCCCACGACCACACCAUACCUAUCAAGGAAGGUGUCGAACUAAACUACAAACGAAUUCUACCACUGAACGACCGGGAAUCACGAGUCCUCAAAGAAUACAUCGACGACCAGCUCGCGAAAGGGAACAUCCGACCAUCGCGAUCACCCAUAGGGCAUGGCGUCCUAUUUGCACCAAAGAAAGACGGGAGCGACCGACUCUGCGUUGACUACCGACCACUCAACGACGCGACCGUCAAAGACCGAUAUCCAUUACCCUUGAUUCAAGAAAUCCAGGACAAAAUCCAAGGGGCAGUAUGGUUUACGAAGUUCGACAUCACCGACGCCUACUACCGCAUCAGGAUUGCGGAGGGAGAAGAAUGGAAAACGGCGUUUCGGACAAAAUUCGGCUUUUACGAAUAUCUGGUCAUGCCGUUCGGACUAACCAAUGCACCACCUACAUUCCAAAGAUUCAUCGACGAGGUGCUAAAAGACGAAGAAGAGGAUGAGGACGACGAAGAGGACACCGAGAGCGAAGAACCACAGGAACCGAUGAGCAAGUUUGCUCUCGCAUACCUUGACGACAUCCUGAUCUUCUCCAAGGGAAGGAAACAACAUGUCAAACACGUCAAACGGGUCCUCAGGAGGAUAAGAAAAGCCAAGCUACGGUGCAAACUCAAGAAGUGUGAAUUCCACGUCCAGGAAACCGAGUUCCUGGGCCAUUGGGUCACCAAGGACGGUCUUAAACCUGAAGCCUCUAAAGUGAGAGCUAUUAGGGAAUGGCCGGCACCAAAGAACCAGAAGGAACUACAACAGUUCAUAGGGCUUUUGAACUACUACCGGAGAUACAUCGAUCAGUACGCAUUCCACAUGGCACCUUUGUUCAAAUUGCUCCGAAAAGAACAGAAAUUCGAGUGGGAAGAAAUGCAGCAAGAAACCUUCGAAGCCAUGAAGGAAGCUAUCACGACGGCACCAAUCAUGCCGCAACACAACCCAGAACUCCAGACAACACUCGAAACCGACGCAUCAGAUUACGCCAUUGGAGCGAGAAUGACACAACCAGGACCGGACGGGAGACCCAGACCGGUAGGGUUCUGGUCAAGGAAGUUGACCGGACCAGAGAUGAAUUACGACAUCCACGACAAAGAACUGCUGGCUAUAGUGGCAGCAUUCAAGCAAUGGAGAGUCUACUUGCAAGGGGCAAGGCACACAGUCAUUGUGAAAUCCGACCACAAAAACCUGACUUACUUCACAACAACUAAAGAGUUGACGCGAAGACAGGCCCGAUGGGCGGAGCUGCUGUCACAAUACGACUACAAGAUUGAGCACUGCAAAGGCACGGAGAAUGGCCAAGCAGACGCACUCAGCAGAAGACCGGACUACGAGGAUAAGACCAGACAACCGCAACCAGCGAUCCUGAGGAAAAACGACGACGGGACGCUCGGAAACAACCCAAUGAUCCUCGCGGCCACCAUGACACUUUCGGGCGACAUGCUCCACACCAUCAGAGAGGCCAUGAAAGAAGACAAACUGAUGCAGCAAAUCCUAGCCUCUACACCAGGAGCAUUGGAGAAAGAUGGGGUGCUUCACAUCAAGGGACUCGUCUACGUUCCACCAGCACUCAUCCCACAAACAAUUCGGGAGCACCACGACGCGCCAGUGCAUGGGCACUUUGGCAUCGACAAAACCUGCGAGCACAUCGCACGAAACUACUACUUUCCGAACAUGAGAAAGAAGGUCGAGAGAUACAUCAAUGAAUGCGAAACAUGCCUGCGAGACAAACCAAAGAGGCAUGCACCAUACGGGAAACUUCAGAACCCUGAGGUUCCACAACGACCAUGGGAGUGGAUCACAGUCGACUUCGUCGGACCACUACCCACGACCAAGCAGGAAAACGACUAUCUAGCGGUUAUAUCGGACAGACUCACGAAGUAUAUACAUUUGAAAGCAACAAAAACGACCAUGACAGCAAAAGAAAUGGCGACGGUCUUCACCAAUACUGUUGUCAUGAACCACGGAGUCCCGAAGUAUAUUACUUCCGACAGAGACAAGCUCUUCACAUCCAACUUUUGGAAAUCAGUCACCGAUACCUUAGGAAUCGAACUGCGAAUGACAACCGCAUACAGACCACAGUCGAACGGACAAACUGAAAGGAUCAACCAGACGAUCGAGCAAUAUCUACGACACUACGUGAACUACGUACAAGACGACUGGGAAGAACAGCUACCCAUGGCCCAGUUCGCAUACAAUAACUCGAUCCAUAGCGCAACAGGAAUGACACCUUUCGAAGCAAACUUUGGAUACCACCCGAAUCUCCACGGGGAACCAAUCCAAAACCAACCCAUCGCGGAGGAAGCCAACCAAUUCGUGGAAAGGCUCAAGACAAUUCAAACACAACUCACCCGAGAUCUCGAGUUCGUCAACCUAAAAAUGGGGAUUUAUUACGACAAACACCGAAGCGAGCCACCAGACUUUAAAAAGGGGGGAGAAAGUGUUCCUGCUCCGCAGAAACAUCAAAACUACGCGACCAAGUCAGAAAUUGGACCACAUCCGACUAGGACCUUUCAAAAUCGACGAAAAAUUGGGACCAGUCAAUUACCGCCUACAGCUACCAAGAUCAAUGAAAAGGAUACAUCCAAACUUUCAUGUUUCAUUAUUGGAACCUGCACCGACGAACGCCAAACUCGCUGA